AUGAGUUCCAAUUCAAAUACUACUCGUUCUAGUGACGUUAAGGCCAAAACGAAAACUACAAAGGAAGAGGAUUUUGUGGAAUUGCCUAAAGAACUGGAUUAUCUAUUUGAAAAGGAGUUGAUAAAUAAACAAAAUAAACAUAUACACAUAAUGGAUAGAUUUACACCAUCACGAAAUACUCAUCAUUUGUCCUCUAAAUUACAUGCCCACCAUGAGCAGCAAAUUCCUCCAAAUCAUGCUGCAUACAUUCCAUUUGUCUAUGGAACAUCAUAUAAACAUGAUACCGAAGCCAAUGUAUAUGGUUGGAUGCCGAAAGUUGUCAAUAGACCGGAUCUACUGAAAGAAUUGAAUUUCAUUAAUGCCCCGAAACAAAGAUGCUGUCUAACAGUGUAUGGCGAGAAAUUGGAGAGUGAUAGAGCGAAUGCACGGACAUCGUUUAAUGGUUUGAGAUUCUUUUUGCAAUAA